AUGAUUUCGCUCAACUUGCUCGCAGCUGUUCUCUCGCUCGCGUCGGCCAUUGUAUCGACCUCUGGGGCCGCAGAAACAAGAAGAGCCCUUCCAGGCCGUUUCAUCAUCUCUGUUGGUGGCUCGAGCAAUACCCUCAACGAACGUGCCGAUGUGGUCAGUUUUCCCAUGGUACCAGUCUUAGUCUGCGCCAACCACCCUCAGCGCGCAGACCUCGGCGCAUCUCGUCGAAACCCUGCGUACAACCGUUUUGGUGAAGACGAUUCAAAUCACGAGCUGACCACCAUUCUUGUCAAAUGACAACGUGUCUUUUGCAAUCCACAGACCGUAUCGAGCGUUCUUGACCGGAUCAGUGCGCGAGGCAUCGAUGUGACGACGCAGCGGACGUUCCUUUCCCCAGGAAUUUUCACCGGGGCCAGUAUCUCUGUUCCGUUCGGGACGACGGAGGCGGAUCUGAUGACCAUCCCUGGUGUGACGGUGAGCCGACAGAGGCUACGGAUGGAACUCAUUUGCUCGAUGUUGCUGAUCUCUGUUCGUAAUGUUCGCGAUCCGCCAGGACGUAUGGCCUGUCCGGAGCAUCCCCCACCCCGACAACGACGUCCAGACGAUCGGUACCUCCUUUUCCGCCUCGGACUCCGAUUCCACCAAUGCGUCAGUGAUCUCGCGACGGGACCUCUUGCCCCGCAGCGAUAACGAGUACAAGAACGAUCAGUUUGCGCCUCACCGCAUGACGGGCGUUGACAAGAUGCACGCCAAGGGAUUCCUCGGUGCUGGCAUGAGGGUCGCCAUUAUUGACACCGGUGUGGAUUACAAGCAUCCCGUGCUGGGCGGGUGCUUUGGAAAAGGUUGCAAGAUUGCUUUCGGGUAUGCUUACUACGAUGAUAAGAGCAACACGCCGAAGAGCGGCCCGGACCCGUACACGAGCUGCUCCAUUCAUGGUACUCACAGUCAGUCUUCAUCACCAAGCCAUGGUCGCACCUGAUGAGCAUCCGACUCAAAUCGUUUGAGGCUUUCGUAUUCGCAGUCACCGGUAUCAUUGGUGCCAACGCGAACAAGUACGGAUUCUCAGGUGUCGUCCCCAAGGCCACUCUUGGCAUGUACCGCGUCUUCAGUUGCUCGGCCGAGACGACCGACGACAUCCUCAUCGACGCCUUGCUCCGAGCCGCCAAGGACAAAGCCGACGUGAUCAGCAUGAGCAUCGCGAACCUCGCCAGCUGGCUCGACGCCACGCACAUCCAAGCGGUUGUAGAGAGCCUCAAUAAGCAGGGGAUUUACACAGUCUUCUCGAUUGGAGCUCAUCAAGCUGAAGGCAUGUUCUUCGCCUCGGCGCCUGCGGCCACCCGCUCCGGGGUCGCGGUCGCGUCGGUGCAAUCCAUCGCUUUGCCGGGUUACGACAUGAUUUUCAAGUCGGGAGGCUAUCCGCCCCUUCCCUACCUCUCGGCGACGCCUCUGGAUACGAAAGAGACGCUCUCGGUCUACUUUACUUCGGACAAGGCCGAUACCGGCAAUGACGCCUGUGACCCCUUGCCUUCGUCCACACCUAAUCUCCGCAACCGACUGGUUGUCAUCCAGCGAAGUGAUUGCUACUCCGGUCAACAGAUCGAUAAUGCCAAGGCCAAGGGUGCCCGAUUCGUCGUCCUCUACAACCAACGCUUCGGCGACAAGCCUCUUGCCAGGGCCUACGUCCAAGGCUCGAUUCCGACGGUGAACAUGCGUCGAGAGGACGGCAUCAAGCUGCUCAAAUACUACAAUGCGCAAAAGAAGCAGGGGCCCAAAGUCGCGUUCUCCGCGAACAGCAAACCCAAUUUCAACAUCCUCGAUACCGAAACCGGAGGUCAGAUCAGUUACUUCAGCACCUUUGGGCCGACGAACGACUUGUUCGGCCAACCCAGUUUCGCUGCCCCGGGAAACAAUAUCAUCAGUACGAUUCCGCUUUCCUUGGGAGGGUACGCCGUCUUGGGCGGCACCGAUAUGGCCGCUCCUUUCGCCGCGGGCUCGGCUGCAUUGAUUCUUGCCGCUCGCAAAUCCGAGAAGUUCGGGCCGAUCGAGCUGCGCCAACUCUUCUCGUCGACGGCUAAACAAGUGCCCGUCAAGCGUCUCACAACGAGCCCUUUAGAGACAACGAUGCUUCAAGGUGCAGGACUGAUCCAAGUCGAUCGAGCGUACGGCGCCAAGUCGUUCGUCUCGCCGAACCAGUUGUACCUCAACGACACGGAACAUUUCGCAGGGACACAGAUCAUCAAGAUUACGAACAAGAAUUCCAAGGCCGUCACGUACCGUUAUUCUGACCUGGGAGCUCAGACUCGAGCGACGUACGACAAAUCGGGGGCGUACAACCCCUCGCUCAAACCUCCUGUGUUGUCCCGCUCUGCGUCAGCCUCAUUCCGCCCCGGUCGCAUCACGGUGCAAGCUGGCAAGACUUCUACUUUCCAAAUUAAAUUCACACGCCCUCAAAUUUCGUCCGGUCAAGUCGCCCUCUUCCCUCUCUACAGCGGCUUCAUCGAGAUCCAAGCCGACGACCAGCACAAGCAGACGUUCCAUGUCCCUUACUUUGGUAUGGCCAACAACAUGAGAGACAUGCGCAUCCUUGAUCAGACGACGACGUAUGCGCAGGUGUACAAGGAUGGUCUGAGGUUCCCUUUCGUUUCGGAUGUGAAAAGGACUAGUGCAUCGAUCCAAACGAGCGCUACGGCGGUCAAGAGUUACAACACGAGCUCGGGCGUUCAAUUGACCUUCCGCUUGUCUCGUGAGUGGUCCUCACAUCGAUCAUUUGUGACGAAGAGAUUUCUGACCAACUUCUCUUGGCCUUGACCCCGGUGCACAGAGGCGACCCGUGCUUAUAACGUGGAUCUCGUCUUCGCCAACACGACGUUCAAGCCCACAAUCUCGCCCGGAGACAAUGCAGGACUGAAACGCCGCUCCGAAGAGGACGACAUCCCCACUCUCGAGAACUUCGAAUCCACCGAUCUCGCCGAUCUGAGCCCCUCCAUCCUCAUGUCCCGCGCAGCGCAAACCUACGCCUCCGUGUCGACCCUAGGCCACAUCCAAGGUCUCAUCAACCAAGCGAGGAAUUACGCCGUCGAUGGCUUCACAUCUAGUCGUUUCACGGCUGUGCAUGUUGAUUUCAAGGGGUCCUACGAGACGGCUAAGAAGGGGGUCAAUGCCUCGGUUGUGGUUGGGACGCCGUAUCGGUUCUUGCUGCGGUCAGUCAUCUCGCUCUUUGAUAUUGUCAUGCUUCCGUCACCAACUGAAAAAACAUGGGUCGCUCCACAGUGCCGCACGAACAACCGCCGAUUCGAAGCUCGAUUCUAGUUGGGAGAGUUGGCUCAGCCCACCUUUCAAAUUCGAUGCCUGA